CAAUAUCAUUUUACACCUUUUCUAUUUUUUUACAGGCAAUUUGUCCGUAGCACAGCAGUUACCACCGUAGGCCAGAAAUCUGAAGGAUUAACUUGUCCAGGAAAACGAUCAAAUGGCAGGUUUUGUCGUGGCAGACUGCACGACACCAUUUUAGACUGGGAGGAUGCCUUGCCUGAUGAUGACUUAGACCUUGCUAUAUCUCAUUCAUGUGCAGCAGAAUUAAGCAUUUGUUUAGGUACGACACUUCAGAUAGUCCCUAGUGGCAAUCUGCCUGUCGACACAAAGAAACGUGGAGGAAAACUUGUUAUAUGCAACCUCCAGCCGACCAAGCAGGAUAGACACGCUGACCUCAUCAUUAAUGCGUAUGUGGAUGACGUUAUGAAACAGCUCUUGGAAUUCAUAGGUGUUGAGCUAUUACCAUAUAAUCCAGACGAUGACCCAACAAAGAUAACUAAGCUGCUGGUGACGAACUACAGCAGUACUCGAGAUUCAUUGGCAGAAGAGGAGGCGAAAGAAGGUGAUCGCAGUGGCAGUAGUUAUUUUGAGCCAAUUGAGUGGACCAUACAAGAGAGUUGGGUCAGAGAUAAAGAUUUGGCAGAUAAGGUAAAAAGUAGGAAAGUAAUUAGAAAUAAGAGGCCAAACAAAAAUGAAGACGACAAGAGUUCGAUUGGGAGAAAGAAGAUUAAAACCGAUAUCGACAACAAUGCGCAAGUGGAUGAUUCAGACAGUCUCCUGAAUGGCGAAGAAGAAAAGGUCGACAUUAAGGACAUAAAAGAAUCUGUGAAAGAAGAAGUGAAUCGCACAAUUGGAGAGUUGAAUGGUGUGGAAGACAUUAAGGGUGAAUGCAAAAAUGGGGAAACUAGGAUUAUAGUUUGUGAUUUAAAAAGUGCACUGAAGGAAGAAUGUCCACCUCUCUUGGAGAAAGUUACGGAAGGUAGAGGUGAAAGAGGAGAGAGAAAGACUGACAGUGGAAGCUCCAGUUGUUUAGGGUAGGAAUGUGUCUCAUUAUCUCGAGCAUCACAUUGUAUUCUCAUGUUAGGUCCUGUCAUAUUUUUGCAGGUUAUAACAUAUGGGUAGUGCCAACACAUUACAAAAAAAUGCCACAUUCCUCUCUCAUUUAUUCUCAUAAUUUCUUUAUAAAUGUCCUCAUUUUCAUGAAUCUCACUUUGCCAUGAAGGGACUCCAUUACUCAUCUGUCAUUAUCGGGUUUAUUAGUAGUUGUCAGUAAGGACUUGUAGAUAUUUUAUAUGUUGUAUUUAUAUCUAGUCUACUGUGAAUCUUGCUGAAGUUUUUAAUCAUCACUGCUGUUUGAUACAGGGCAGCUUAGUAGUACUUAAUUUUCCUUUGGUACAUAAUACAAUAUGUACUUCUCUUUAUAUUUAAUUUAUUUAGAAGCAAAGUUUACCACAAAUCACCAAUAUCAAAGUGAGUAGGGGAAAGUACAUCAAUCAUAAGUAUUUUUUACUCAACACCUAACCACGUGCAUUUAUAUUAGCCAGAAUUUGCUGUGACAAAUAUUUUGUUACCUCUGAUCUUUGGAGCACUGCUGUUAAUCCUCCAAGAGCAUUUAUAUACUCAUUGCUAGAGGUAGAGAUAGCUAAUUCUCUGGCAUUUAUUC